CCGGCCUCUCCCGGCUCAAGAUGGCCACGUCCACUCCAGAUGCAGACAAAAAGCCCAGAAUUGUACUGCAUUGGCUUGAAGUGUCUCGCUCGCAUCGCAUCCUUUGGUUCUUUGAAGAACUAGGAAUUUCUUAUGAGCUCAAAACUUACAAGCGCACCGUAGAAUCGCUUGCGCCGCCAGAACUGAAAAGCGUCUAUCCGCUGGGCAAGUCCCCGGUGGUCGAGAUAUUCCCGCCUGAUUCCGCUACCAGCAUCGUGCUUGCGGAAUCCGCAGCCAUCGUCGAAUACUUCUGCGACUAUUAUGGAAGCUGGUUGGUCCCGACGCGAUACCGCGAAGGUAAAGAUGGCCAGAUUGGCGGCGAAACCGAAUCUUGGAUCCGAUACAGAAUGCUUAUGCACUAUGCCGAGGACAGUCUCAUGCCAUUAAUGUUGAUGUCUCUGAUGGUGAAAAGGAUCAGGAACUCACCCGUUCCGUUCUUUAUCAAACCAAUCACCUCGGGCAUUGCGGCCAAGAUUGAAUCGUCUUUCCUAGAGCGGAAUUUCAAGACCCAUUAUGACUUCCUAGAAAACCAACUCGCCACCGCCCCGGGCGGGGAAGGCUUCCUCUGCGGCAAAGACCUGACCGCUGCAGACAUUAUGAUGUCCUUUCCCAUGGAGGCUGGUCAGGGCCGUUCUGGGUUCACCAAGGAACAAUAUCCCAAGAUCUGGGCGUACGUUGAACGAAUCCACGAACGAGAGGCGUAUAAGCGAGCAGUUGCAAGCAUCAUCGAGCGCGAAGGGGAGUUCAAGAUGAGCCUCUGAGUCUGCGAAAUUCUGCUAGCUUGAGCAUCCUCCCAUGAGACCGGAGGUCCAACGCCAGAGACGUGAACGGCAACCUUUCCAGGUUCUUCUUGUCCUCACCACUGAAAUUCAGACGAUGUCGAACUGCCGUAAGGCAAGAUGCUAUCCAGAUCCGAAGGCACUUGCGCCAAAGGAAGCAGGAUAUUGUGACAUCGCCGCCAAUCGCGUGAUCUUGAAGUGUGCUCUGGAGGCAUUCGCAAAUGCAGCCAUAUCGGCACUGUGUACAAGUAUAGUUGGCGUACUACGCAUAGCACCGCAGGCGAGCUUUCGAUCAGGUGGAGAAGUUGGCACGUAUGUCUAUAUCUACGCUUUGCAAUCUUCCGUGUCCAUACCAAUGGCAAAAAUUCU